AUGAACCAUUAUGGUUACACACUAUUACCCAUGUUUGGCUCAAAGUUUCACCAUGAUAGGUGUGAUAAGGUUGGAAAGAAGGGAAAGUUUAGUGCUAGAUUCAUUGAACCUUUUGAAAUUUUGAGCCGAGUGGGAGAGAUGGCCUAUAAGUUGGCCUUGGCACCUAGCUUGUCAUCUAGGCAUCAUUUGUUCCAUGUCUCCAUACUUUGGAAGUACGUGUUGGAUGAAUCUUAUCUGCUUUCUAUUAAUUCAAAUGUGUUGGGUCUAGAUUUACCCAUUGAGGAGGAGCAUAUAGCUAUCAUGGAUAAGCAAGUCCAAAAGCUUAGGACCCAGGAGAUUGCUUCAAUGAAGGCGUGGUGGAAACACUGUUCAGUUGGUGAGGCGACUUGGGAGACAGAGUCGGAUAUACAUGCCAGUUAUCCUCAGCUUUUCGUGACUUCAGAUACUCUCUUUUGCUUUAUGUUUGAGGAUGAAUAUGGUUUUUAG